CCACCUCUUCUCAUAGUCAGUGUGUCAACUCUUCAACUCUUCGUCAUCUUGAUUUAUCAUUUAACAGGAAUCUUGUUAUCAAUAACCUUAAAUGGCUUCCCUACAUUUCCACCUUGGAAUAUCUUAACCUCUGCAGUGUUGAUCUUAGCGAGGAAACUAAUUGGCUUCAAUUAGUGACUAAGCUUUCAUCACUUUCAGUCCUUAAUAUGUGUGAUUGUAAGCUUAAAGACUUGAGUUUGUCUCUCCAGUAUGCUAAUUUUACUGCCCUUCAGGUUCUUGAUCUUUCUCUCAAUAAAUUCAAGUCAGAGUUACCUAAGUGGCUAUUCAAUCUUAGUUCCACUAUUUAUAGUUUAGACCUUAGCUCAUGUUCUUUAAUAGGACAUCUACCAAAGGAUUUUUUAAAUCUUCGAGAACUGGAAGACCUGGAUAUCACAGACAAUAACUUUGAUGGACCCAUUCCAGAUUGGUUAGGUCAUUUCAAACAUUUAAAAGCUCUUAUUCUUGGAGCAAACAUGUUUUCAGGAUCUUUUCCUACAAAUUUGGGAAAUCUAUCAACCUUGAUUACCUUGGAUGUUAGCUCAAAUACAUUGACAGGAGUUGUGUCCGAGAGAAAUUUAGCCAAAUUGUCAAAAUUGAAGUCGUUGGAUAUAUAUUCAUAUUCCACGUUAAUCUUUGAUUUUGACUCGGAUUGGAAUCCACCUUUUCAACUUGAGGAAUUAAUGCUCGGGUUUUCAAAUCCCAACCUUCCUGCGUGGUUAUAUACACAGCGAUCACUUGAAAGAUUAACUAUAUGGGAUUCAUCAUUUGAGGCUUCAGACAAAUUUUGGAAAUUGGUAUCAUCAGUGAUUGAACUCGAAUUACAAGACAAUAUGAUAGAUGCGAACAUGUCAAAUGUUUUGUUGAACUCUACCGUCAUUCUUCUGUUAUCGAAUCGUCUAAAAGGUUGCUUACCUCAAUUAUCACAACAGGUGACCAUUGUCUCGUUAUCAAAUAAUUCAUUAUCAGGAGAAUUGUCUCCCCUCCUAUGUGGUCAUAAUGUGUCAUAUAGGAAAAACAAAUUGUUGUAUUUGGACAUAUCAUUGAAUAAUAUAUCUGGAGGGCUUACGAACUGUUGGAAGAAUUGGAAAUCUUUGGUUGCUAUUCACUUGGGAAGCAAUAAUCUAUCAGGAAAGAUACCUCCAUCACUAAGCUUCUUAUCUAAUCUCACCUCAAUCCAUUUGCAUGAGAAUAAUCUACAUGGUGAGAUUCCUCUAUCAUUGCAAAAUUGUCGCUCUCUAUUGAUCUUUAAUGUUCGCAAUAACCAAUUAUCAGGAAACAUACCACAUUGGAUAUCUCAUGAUGUAAUGGCUCUUCAAUUAAGGUCCAAUUAUUUUAGUGGUAAAAUCUCACCACAAAUAUGUGAAAUGUCUUCCCUCAUUGUGUUGGAUAUUGCACAAAACACAAUCUCCGGUCAUAUACCCAGUUGUCUUG